AUGAGUCACCAUGGAGGACUUUCCUUGUCCCGUUGUUGGCACGAUCUUCUGCUCCUUCUUCUUCUCCUCUGUGCUGUCCUUUCGUCCUCCCUGAGCGCGUCUGCUGAUCUUUCAACUGGCAUCCUCGGUCUCAGACGUCUCGUCACCUCUCCGUAUCGCUGCUCGGCUCCCAGCGAAGCCUGGCGUGGUUUCGCGCCUCAGCGAAACACCGCCUUCCUGUCGCAUAUCCCCUCUUUCGCUUCUCUCAUGUGUUCCUCUAGCACGCGUCCCAAAGUUGUCGGGUGUCGCGCCGCUUGGGUUUUUGCCUUUCUCUCUCUUUGUCACAUCUGCGCACCUUGCCCGGCCUGCCCCCUGGGUCUACGCACCCCGAGUUCUUCCAGCCUCGAGAGCGCUUCGCCGGCUCCAGGGGCUGCGCGCUGUGCGCCCUCCUUCCACGCCUUCGUCGCUCUGCUGCAUCCUCUCUCCGCGCCUCGAGUUGCGUCUCUUUGGCGCCUCUGUUGGCUGCAGGCGCGGCCACGUUUACUGGUUCCCCGUCUCUCCUCUCGCUGGGACUCCUUCUUCCCUCUCGUCUCGUCUCCUCGGGUUUCGCCUCCCUCUCUCGCUCCCCCUCUCGGAGCUCCUCGUGCGUCUCUGCGCUAUUCUGGGCUCGCCAGCGCGCUCUCUGGUCGGCGUGCGCCGCGCCCACCUGACUGGCUGUCGUCGUCGGCGCGUGGGGCGGCUGCUUCGGCCUCGUCUGUGUCGCACGCCAGCGAGAGCCUUGCGCGUCGGUUGCGGCUGUCGCGUCGUGCGAGUGCAGACCUGUGGCUGCGGCUGUCGCACUUUUCGCUCUCGAUUGGCGGGCAGGCGUUGAUUGAGGACGCGAAUCUGCUGCUGCGGGGGGGCGAGCGCCUCGCCCUCGUUGGCCCCAAUGGCGCCGGCAAGACUUCGCUUCUUCGCUUCAUCAAGGCCGCCGCCGACAGCCAGCGCCGCGGGCGCCUCCCGCGCUGGUCUGCCGGCGUCUCCCUUCGGCUGGGUCGCGGCGGCGAGGCUCGCGGCGACGCGCCCGAACUGCCUGGCGUGCGCCGACGAAGAGACCGCGAUCUCCAGCGAGACGUGCUGGCUCUGCCUGAAGAGGCCGACGGCAGCGAAUCGGACGUGAGAGGCAUGCAGGUGACAGGCGAAGUCGCCUUCUCGCAACCCGGCCUCCGCGUCGGUCUGCUGAAGCAGGAAGGGUUAGAGGCGCUGAGGGGCGCCGAACGGGAGCGGACGGUGCAGGAGGAAGUCGAGGGCGAAGCGCGGCGCAGGCGGCGAGAGGUCGAAGUUGCCAUCGAAGCGGUCAGCGACCAGAUCGACAGGCUCUCGCGCGGUGAAAGCCUGCACGACGAAGGGGGAUCUGCCCUUCCUCAGCCGAGGCGCGCAGCAGGCCACGUUUCCGACGAGGCCGCUGCGCUCGCCUCAGGAGACGCCAGCCGCCUCCGACACGGACGCGGCAGCGGCAGAGUAGAGGACAGAACACGCCAGCCCGAAGCGCGCGACAGGCGCAACGGGCGACGAGACGGUGUGGCGCCACCGGGAGAGGCGCGUGCGGGAGAGGCGCGUGCAGGAGAGGCGCAGGAGGACGAGGCGCAGGACGAUUCCUCAUCGCGCGCUAUGGCGGCGCGACUCUCCUCUCUCCUCGAGCUGCUGGCGUCGCUGCAGGAAGAAGAACUCUCUCUGCAUCCGUCGCGGCACGACUUGCUGUUGCAGCAAGUCCUAACCGAGACCGGAUUCGCGAGCCAGGCGCAGCGGUCUCAGCCGCUGGGCGCCUUGAGCGGCGGCGGGCGCAUGCGCGUGCAGCUCGCCAAAGUUCUGGCGAAUCAGCCCGACAUUCUGCUUCUCGAUGAACCGAGCAAUCACUGCGACUGGUCAACGACCGAGUACAUCGCUCGCCUUCUGCGUCGUCUGCCGCAUCCGCAGCUCCUCGUCUCUCACGACACGCGCUUGCUUCUUUACGCGUCGCCUUCGCCUUCCGCCUCCUUGCUGGGGCCGCCGGCCGCCGGCGGCGCGGGCGACCCCCCCGCGAGCGGCGUUUGCACUCACGUGGCGGAGCUCGUGAGUGGGCGGUUGAGCGAGAAGGUCGCGGGCGACUUUUCGGUUUUCGAGAGGAAGCGGGACGCGUGGACGCGGCAGUGGAUGGAUCGCAGAGACAAGCUGAAGGAGGAGCUGGACUUCCAUCGGAAACGCAUGCACAGGUGGCGCACGCUGGAGCAUCAGCAGCAGGGCAAAAAGCUCGCGCGGAAGCGCGCCGGUGAUGGCCUGAAGCUGCGCACGGGCGCCGAAGAGGAAAAGAUCGAGUCGCUCAUGAACCAGCUGAAAGUCGAAGACGAACGCGAGCCGCCCUGGGAAACGUGGAAAAAGCAAAGGGGUCGAGGCUUCCGCAUCCAGUUCGGCGAGGGUGACAACGAAGAGGGCGAAAUUCUCCUGAGGCUCUCGAAUGCGAGUCUAGGCUACAGGGAACUCGCUGACGAAGAGCACGGAGAGCAACACAGAGGCGAGGGUCAUCUGGCGCCGGCCGACGAGGGCAGAGACUCUGCGCGUCAGGACUCCGCAGCGGAGACAGAGGAGGAGUCAGGCGCCAAAAGCUCCGCGAGAGAGGCUGAUGAAGCCGGCUUUCAGAUCGUGGCGCCGGGUGAACCGAGAGCUGAUGGACUCAGCUGCGGGGCGAGUGGUUUUUUCAGCGGCGAAUGCACGUCGUCGUUUUCGGCAGACUUGCGGCAGGCUCCGCCCUUGAGACACAAAUCCGCUUCGCCGCAGGUGAUUCUCAGAAACAUAGAUUUGACGCUUCGCCCCGGCUCGCGGGUCGCCAUUGUCGGACCGAACGGGUCGGGCAAGUCGACACUGCUCAAAGUGCUCGCUGGGCGAUUUCAGAGCUCCGCUCGCGAAGUCCCUGGAGCGGGCGACAGCCGACAGAGCCGAGAGAGCCGAGAGAGCAGUGGCCUCAGUCCGGAGGCGGGGCCUGGCGGAGGGCCUGCAGAGAAGGUGCUUCUCUUGUCGGGGGAGCGGUACGUCCGCACAAAGGUUGAGAACGGCAUUUGCUUGUUGGAGCAGCACCGCGCCGACAUUCUGCCACUGGAUCUCACGCUGCUCGAGGCUCUGCGGUUUUUGAGGCAGCGCUUCGCGCAUCAGCAGCACGCCGAGGAAAACGCUCGGAAACCUGCAAAGUCCGGGGCGAAGGCGCGGCCUGUGGACGAUGCCGAAGACGAAAAUGCAUUUCGCGCGAUUUUAGGCCGACUAGGCUUUAAAGCGAAAGAAGUGAACAAGCGCGUCUCGGUGCUGAGCGGUGGCGAGAAGGCGCGCGUGGCGCUCGCAGGCCUCAUGCUGUCUGAGCUGCCCUGCCGAAUUCUCCUGCUUGAUGAGCCCACGAAUCACCUAGACGCGUUUUCCUCUUCGUCGCUCCAGAAGAUCCUCGCGUCGUUCUCCGGCGCGCUAGUCGUAGCCACACAUGACGCGGCCUUCGCCGCCAAAGUCGCGAACGAGAUCUACCUCGUCGAAAAAGAGACAGCCAGCGCCGCGAGCCACGCGCCUACACGUGGGUCGCUUCGCCCGCUUGUGACCGCCAUCAGCGAGUGGAGCGGCGACGCCGAGGAAACCGAUGCCGCAGCGAAAAGCGAAAUCAGCCACUCACAGGACGCCGAAGAGGCUGGUGGCGACGGCAACCUCCUCAGCCGCGCUGCCCGCCGAGGCAGAGAAGAAUGUGGAGACCGUGAAGCUGACGAAAGCGACGACAACGUCCAGCGAGAGAGCGCAAGCGAAGCAAACGCUGACCAAGCGGAGGCGGCGGCGAGUGAUGCGGGAGGUGAGGGGGGCAGGGAAAAGGAGGCAGGUGCUGCAGAGCAGGACGCGCGCACAACGAGGCCGGCAAUUGAAAGGUCCAUGGAAUCUUGGACUGACGGAUGGGUUCGCGAAAUGCGCCGGCAGGGGUGGCGGCCGCUGUCGCCGCCCUUUGCGUCCCCGCAGGCCGAGUCGCCUCAUGCUUCGGCGAACGCGGGGGCGAAGAAGCUCUCUGAGAAGAAGCGCAAGACUUUCGGCGGCAAGGGGGCCUCCGGCCGAGUGAAGGGCGUGAAGAAUCUGAAGCGGUGGACUGAGUGA